CAUUGUAUAUGUGUACCACAGCUUUUAUCCACCAUCUGUUGACAGGCACUUGGGUUGCUUUCAUGUCUUGGCUAUUGUAAAUAACGCCACAAAAAGCAUUAUAUUCUUAUUUUAGUACCUGUCUCUCCCGGGGGCCUGGGACCCCCGAGGGCAAGGGUGGCGCGUGCUCUGUUCCUGUGGGUUUCUGGCCCAGGGAGAGGAGGAGCCUACAGAAGCCAUUCCGCCUCCACUUACGGCCGAUGCGCACACACGCCUGUCCUUCUCUCGUUCUGUGACGAUUACAUCACUUAUCUUCGGUUUCCUCAGCACAUCCUUUAAAGGUGUGGAAUCAAAGCCUCAUUUUAUGAGACAAAAGCUUUAUGUGAGGAAUAGUUCCUUAUAUCGUGAAUUAUCACAGAAGAGAAUUCGUGGAACCCAGGGUAGACAUGGAUGGCCAGCAACUGUGACCUGCUGGCGGCCACCGUGGGGUGACUCCUUAGGCCCUGCACACCCUCACACCCGCCCUGAAGCUGCUUGACUGGGCUGGUUUCGAGGGGGGCCCUGGGUAACCCAGAAUAUCUGUCUAAGACUUGAUCUCUGAGGAGGGAUGCACUGAGCACUCUGCUGAGGACCCUCAGCCUGCGUUUACGGGAUUGGAGGCCUCCCGGCGACGACCAGCUGGGCCUCUUUGCGUGAAUUCUUUGAUCCCUGGUGGGAUGCUGGCCUUGCCCGCAGCGCCGUGGGGGUGCCUGAUGUUGCCAAGUCUAAUGGGUGACGUUGGGCAGGGCAGCUGCCCCUUUCCCAGGGGCUGGUGUGUCCCAGGCUGACAGCCAGCCUGGCUGCCAGAGGGGCUUGGCCCCCACUUAUCGCCAAGGUCCCCGGAGAACAGGGCGGGUGGCUCUCCGGCUUCUCUGACUGGGCAGGGCCAGGGGGGUGAGGAGCCCCAGGGGACAUAAAAGGGAGCCCUCGCCCAGGCACUGCACAUUCCCACACGGAGCAACAUGGCCUUCCUCUGGUUCCUCUCCUGCUUCGCCCUCGUGGAAGCCGCCUUCGGUGAGUGUGUGUAUGGGGGCAGCCAGGCCUGGGAGGAGGGGGGGAGAGGUCCCUAAGUCCCCAGUGACCCCAGGGACAGAGGGUCUCUGUCCGGAGCAAACCCUGGGGCCUGGCCAACAGGGAGCUGUGAGUCCCCUUCCCUGCACCUGCAGGCCUGGACAGGGAGAGGCAGGCGGAGGCUGUAGGGAGCAGAGGGCUUCUGGGGCUUUGAGUCUCACGGCCUCAUGCCCUGCACCCUCAAGCCCUGCACCCGGCGGGAGGAAAAGUCCAGCCGGGACUGCACGGAGGGCUGAGGCCCCAGAAGCGGCCCAGGCUGGUGCUGUGGGCAGAGUAAGGUGUGGUCACAGACACCCCCCAAGGCGGAGGCCCGGGUUCUUUAUUCAUGUUCAGGCACUUGCUAACGUUUUAUUUUCUAUUUUAACAAACGAAGAAAUCAUUAAAAAUCCAGAAAAUUCUAUGACAACCCUGCACCAUCAGGGUUUAGCAAAAGUUACCCCAUUAGCAGAUUUGAGGUAUUUCUUAUAAAACACCCACUAGAUUCAGCGAGAGGCCCCUCUGCCUCCUCCCGCCUCCCCUUGGCCGGUGAAGCCGCACCUGAACUUGCUGUGUCUCCGUUCUGUGCGGGUUUUUACAAAUUACUACGUAUUUAUAAAUCCACGAAGUGUAACCUUCGUGAAAACUUACAUAAACGGCAGGACCCUCUGCGCUAGUUUUACCACAUGCCUUUUCCCACCCACGAAAUGUUGUACAUUUGUCCCCAUGGAGUGGGGCUCACUCAUUCUAACCCGUGAAAUGCUCAGCUGUGUAAGUACAUCCCCGGGUGCUGCUAAUCCUGUUUGCUGUGACAAGGACUAGAUGAUUAUGACGAGAUGUUUGGGCGGUAACGACCCUCAGUGAGGGGCUGGUCCACCUCCCUGUCCCACGGGCUGGAGGGGCAGGUGGCCUGCUGGGCCGUAGGGGUCACAGGCUGCGGCACCGGCACCCAGGGGAGAACGUGCGGGUCCUGCCCCAGGUGUGCCAUGGUCACAUUGAGCACCUGUCUCUUCUCAUUCUCCUGCGACCACUUAAGUCCUUGGGUUUCUGUUUCCUCAAUGAGUCCUUUCAAAGUUCUGUUUUAUUACCUAGAGGCCCCGUGCAGACAUCGGUGCACUCAGGGGGGAGGGUCCCUCAGCCCGGCCUGCACCCUGUCGCAGUCGGGAGCCCUUGGGGAUGUCCGCUGACAGCUUAGGCUAAGCCGCAGUCCGACAUCCUUGGUGCUGCCCUGGAGGCGGGCCGCUGCGCUCGCCAGCGGUCAGCCCGGCUUAUGGCUGAGGGGCGCUCCCCCUGUGAGCGUGCACUGACCACCAGGGGGCAGCUCCUGCCUUGAGCGUCUGCUCCCCAGUGGUCAGUGCACGUCAUAGCGACCGGUCCUUCUGCGGUUGGGUCGAUUUGCAUAUUACCCUUUUAUUAUAUAGGACUAAGAAACAAAAAUCCUGUACAAUGAGUAGUUUCUGAAACUCUGGAAUAGAGACUGGAGUGUGGGCCCAGCUGUGGCAAACGGAGCUUUUCACACUCCCUGGCGGGUCAGCGCUCCCCAUGCCCCCUGCACUUGGGUUAUAAUCCCCCCCCCCACACACACACCUCAUCGGUGAGCUUUGCCCCUGAGGUUAGUGCUUUGCUCCCCGGUUUACUGAGGACCGUGAGCUUUGACGGCUGAGGUCUCAGCAAGGAGGGGCGGGGCGGGCCAGGCCGGCGGCCCCCUCAGCGCCAGCUCUGCUCCCCGCUCCGCAUCCUGCAAGGUGCCCGGUCCCAGGCUGCAGGGGUCCUGAGCCCAGAGGUUGCGGGAUGGGAGGGAGCGCAGUGGGGCCUGUGCCGCCGGAUGGGUGCGGAAGGAACCAGAUUUCUGCAGACGGGCUCCAGGCCCAGCCCUUCCUCACUCCCCUCCUGUCCCCGCACCCAGGCUGCGGGGUCCCCGCCAUCCACCCCGUGCUGAGCGGCCUGUCCAGGAUCGUCAAUGGGGAGGACGCCGUCCCCGGCUCCUGGCCCUGGCAGGUGUCCCUGCAGGACAAAACCGGCUUCCACUUCUGCGGCGGCUCCCUCAUCAGCGAGGACUGGGUGGUGACUGCCGCCCACUGCGGGGUCAGGACCUCCCACGUGGUCGUGGCCGGAGAGUUUGACCAGGGCUCGGAUGAGGAGAACAUCCAGGUCCUGAAGAUCGAAAAGGUUUUCAAGAACCCCAAGUUCAACAUGCUCACCGUCCGCAACGACAUCACCCUGCUGAAGCUGGCCACGCCCGCCCGCUUCUCCCAGACCGUGUCCGCCGUGUGCCUGCCCAGCGCCGACGAUGACUUCCCCGCCGGCACCCUGUGCGCCACCACCGGCUGGGGCAAGACCAAGUACAACGCCAACAAGACCCCUGAGAAGCUGCAGCAGGCGGCCCUGCCCCUCCUGUCCAACGCCGAGUGCAAGAAGUUCUGGGGCAACAAGAUCACCGACGUGAUGGUCUGCGCCGGCGCCAGCGGCGUCUCCUCCUGCAUGGGCGACUCUGGUGGCCCCCUGGUCUGCCAGAAGGACGGCACCUGGACCCUGGUGGGCAUCGUGUCCUGGGGCAGCGGCACCUGCUCCACCUCCACGCCUGCCGUGUACGCCCGCGUCACGGAGCUCAUGCCCUGGGUUGAGGAGAUCCUGGCCAACAACUGAACCCGCGGCCCCUGCCCUCCCAGCCCUGAGUGUCCCCAAUAAAAGCAUCUGUACAGGAA